AUGUAUAUAUAUAUAUGCGAUUGUGCGAAUAGCCCAUUAUGCAGCUCUAGUGCGGUGCGNGGGUUUCUUCUGAUCUUAACGUGUGAUGGAGAAGUGUUCUACACAUCGCACACCGUAGAAACUUAUUUGGGCUUUCAUCAGUCUGAUAUUUGUCACCAAAGUGUAUACGAGCUUGUCCAUUCCGAAGACAGAGAAGAACUGCAGAGGCAUCUCAUGUGGAAUUCCCAGUUGUCACCAGAAAGAAGCAAUCUUUCUCUGCAGGAAGCUCUACAGUCGGAAAACAGUCAACUUUUGGAAAGGAAUUUUACUGUCCGAUUCAGGUGCUUGCUUGACAACACGUCUGGUUUCUUGAGGUUAGACAUUCGAGGUCGCAUCAAGGUGCUGCACGGCCAGAAUCACAAGACGGAAGACCCUCCUCUUGCCCUCUUCGCUGUGUGCACGCCUUUCGGUCCUCCUUCCCUCUUGGAGAUGCCCCACAAGGAUACCAUGUUCAAGAGCAAACACAAACUUGACCUUUCUCUAGUCUCUUUCGACCAAAGGGCGAAGCAAGUGUUAGGUUACUCUGACACAGAACUCGCCGAUAAGGGCUGUUAUGACCUAGUCCAUUAUGAUGAUCUCGCUUAUGUAGCUAGUGCGCACCAAGAAUUACUUAAAACAGGAGCCUCUGGUUUGAUAGCAUAUAGGCUAGCAACAAAAACAGGAUCCUGGCAAUGGCUUCAAACGAGUGCAAGACUUGUAUAUAAAAAUAGCAAACCAGACUUCAUUCUUUGCACACACAGACCUCUCAUGGAAGAAGAAGGUCGAGAUCUCCUUGGAAAAAGAACAAUGGACUUCAAAGUCACCUACUUAGAUGGUGGCUUAAAUUCCUUGAACGAUCGGAGUGGUCUUCUCUCUGACAGUGACUUUGUCCUCCGCUGCCAGAGGACAAAGAGAUACAAGUCACAAAUUAGAGACAUCAUUACCACGUGCAGAAAAAGAAAAAGCCCAGUGAAUGGACCACCAUCUACAAGCUCUAUUGUAGGAGGCGCAUUGCCUGAUACAUCGACUUAUAUGGACGAUGCUGCUGCAGCUGCAGCUACUGCAGCCGUAGUAGCGGCAGGCUAUAACAAUGUUUAUCCUUAUGGCACAACAGACAAUAUGAAUGGUUUAAGUGCUUCUUACGGAGCAACGGCUUCAAUGCCACAAAACCUAUUUUCAGCUGCCAUAGACAAUACGAGGUUUAUUUCUGCUGAGAACUUUCUUCACUAUAGACCUAUAGGAACUUAUUAUCCGGACUAUGCAGUCGCGCAGUAUCCAUCUAAUGGUUUUCUGGAUGUGGCUGCCUCUGCAACGGCAGCCAGAACGUGUUUCGGCCCGAGUGCUUUUCAAACAGAUUCUGCUAGCCUUCAGCUAAGCAACACCAAAGAAGAUAAACUAUACCAAUGUCAGAUUGAAGCGGCAAAGUUUGGCGUCAAUUCACCAUCUCCUCCCCAGCAACACAUAGUGAACAAUAAAUCCCCACCAUCGUCCAACUGCUGCGACAGUGUACCUUCCUACAUGAAUGGGGUGGAUCCCCUAAGGGGGUGUUUGGUGAAUAAUAAUGGAGUGGGUGUCCAAUCGUCUUCAUCUAUCUUACCGGUUACGUUAGAUCACCAUGAUAUAAAAGUUCGAGAUCUCACAUGUACAGGAAAUUUGGCAUUCCCUUUACAUACCCUCACCACGAACAGCGAGUGUAUCAACAAUGGACUCAGUGGAACUAAAUCCAAAAACACUUUUAAUGGAGGUCCGAAUAGCAUCUUAAUGACUAUUCGAGAUCUACCGCAUUGGCCUAAAGAAGAAAAAAUCUCAUCACCUUACGACAGUAGGCAUAAUAUGCUUGCGUGGAAUAGCAGAGAUGCACUCUCUGUGGACUGUCCAGCAACAAGCUCCUCCUCUUUCACCACUUAUGACAUGAAAUCGUCCCGAUACGGGGAUGGUAAGCAGGAUGGUGAAAUAGGUAAUGUGACCAGUUCACCUUGCAAGUGGAGUGGGAGUGCGGCUGCACCCAAAUCUGCUUCACCUCAUAACAGUACCAGUCCAGCCAGUGGUAAAGUGGCUCCCCAAGUCACUUACAGCAGCACGCCAUAUACUCAGGACAUGCGGCUAGAGCUUCCACUGGUGAGGUCCGAUAUCAUACGACCAUCUUCCGUCAAACAAGAAGGAAACCCACUCUUAUCCAUAUCUGAAGUAACGAACACUUUAUUGGACCAUCACUAGAUGGCGCUCUCUACACCAGUGAAACAGCACCAAAAAAGUGACCUUCAUCUACAGUCAUUUGGAACUCUUCAUCAUUUGUAAAUUACAUUGAAGAAUAUUAUUAUAGCAAAUGAAAAGUAGUGCAACGGAUUGAAAAUACUACUACUUUCUCGGUGAAGAAAAUACUGAAAAAUCAGAAGACCGUAUUUCUAAAAUAAAAAAAAGUUAACAAAUGUAGUUAAGUUUUUAACGUAGUAAGCUAAGAAAAUUGAAGGCUUUAUUGUGCCGUAGAAUCUGAUUAAUUCUCUUAAUUCAGUCAAUUAUAAUAAUUAAAAAUUUUUAUAAAAUUUUGCUGAGUUAAAAAAUUUAUAUUGUGUCAUGGUGAAAUUCAAAUUUUUUUUACUAACAAAUCUAUCAAUAUAUUGUGGUAUGAAUUAGGUAUAAAUCAUAGAGAACAGUUGGUAUAAAACCAGUUCGGAACAAAGCCAGCUUAAAUUUAAAAUCUGUCUUUUCUUAAUUUAUAUAAAAACUAAAAUGUUUUUUCUAUAAAAAUAGCUUUAAAGCUUUUUUAUCCCUUUUAAAAUAAAAAAAAAUCAUGGUUUUUGUAUAAUUUUUAAAAAUGCAUUGAGCAAGCAUUUAAAGGUACCGUUUGAUUCAAUACUUUUAACUUAUGAUGAAACCGUUGUAGCUUAUAAUGAGAAAGGAUCUUUGUGCAAUGUCUCUAUUUUUUAUGUUUUCUUCUAACAAACGAAAUAUGGUAAAAUGUGUAAAUUGAAUUUGAUAAAAAUUAUUUUUUUUUUUGUUCUUUAAAAAAAAAGCUCAAAUUAACUCUGAAGUGUUGUGGUUUGUGUAAAACUUUUAAAUAUGUUUUGUUCAAGCUAUACAUCAGCCGUUUCAUUCAAUACUCUUAAAAUAAAAUUAGCUUUUCUUCUUAAAGCCAUAAAAAAUUAAAAUAAAUUUUAACAUUUUAAAUUAGCCUUUCAUAACAAAACUAUUUUAAGACACUAUAUCCAUAUUUUAUAAUGAAUGAAGAUAUUACCGCUAAUCAUUACAAUGUGUCUAUUAAUAAUAAUAGUAUAUAAAAACACUUUUACAAGUAAAAGCUUUAUAUAGAUAUAAAAUAUUAAGUAAGGGCAAAAUAUAUGUAUACAUUGAAUAAAAAUCAAAUGUUUUUUUAAUAACAAUUUUUUUUUAAACCGUUGUAACCGAUAAUGAAAAAGGAUCGUUGGGCAAGGUCUUUCUUUUCAAUAUUUUCUUCUAAUAGAGAAAAUGUGGUAAAAUAUUUAAAAUGAAAUAUAUAAAAAUGGAUUUGAUAAGAAUCAAUGAAAUCAAAGAAAAUAUUGAGCAAUAGCAACUGUAAAAAUUUUUUAAAAAGAAGCGAAAAACAUUAUUAUUGUACAGAGAAUGUGUUCAAAAUGAAACUAUAGCAUUUUCAUGACACAAAACCAGUUUUUUUGUCUGAAUUCUCACCCUUCUUCUUUUUUCUAUACAUAUCCUAUAUGUUAUGUUAUCGAGUUAGCAUUUCUAUCCUCUUUCACACAGGCACAUUUUAAAAUCGCUUAGAACUUAACUUGCUUAUAAAUUCACAAAUUAUUGAAGAAAUUCUGCAAAAUUUUAAAAAUAGAAAAAAUAUUUUCCCCCAAAUAUAUUUAACUUAUACAAUAACAUCACCAUUCAUGCGUUUAUCAAAGACUUGUACAAAAGAAUUUUUUGAAACAUUACAUUUUUAAUCUAUUUUAUCUAUUUUGUAUUUUUUUAGUUAUAUACAUACAGGUAGGUGAAAAAUUAAAAUAUAAUAAUUAAUCUUUGUUUGACACCUGAAUUAUUGAAUAUUAAUCAGAGCAUUUUGAAUCAGAUUUAUUAACAGUUUAAGUACCAAACAAAACAAUGUCUAGGGCAAAACUUUGUACCUUAUAAAUUGUAAAAAUGAUUCUUAACUUAGGCUUUCCAGCGCAUUAAAAAUAAACCAUUGUAGAUUAAGAUGAAAAAUCGAUAUAACUGAAAAUAAAUUUGAAAAAUAUAAAUAGUGCUUUACUGUGUUUGAAAUGAAUCAAUGUAAUCUAAAUUGUUGUGUAAAGAUGAAAUUAUAUGUGAGUACACAAAAUAUAAAUUUCUUAUAUUACUCAAAUAGUUACAUUUUGUAACCCGUUAUUAUAAGUUUUUUGAACAUUUUCGUAGAAUUUCAAUAUGGUUUUCUAAUGUAUUUAUAAUUUAUUUUAAAAUAAGGUUUUUUCGUGUAGUUAGUUAUUUUCUUAGAUUAAUAUGCAAUUCUAUUUGCUUGCAUUAUUUAAAAUGAUCAUAAAUGAAUGAAUGAUGAAAUAAUUUAAAAUAAUUUUUAAUAAAUGAUUC